AUGUCGAUUAUUGAUCAAUGUUUUGAUAAUAAUGAAAAUUUUGCUUUUGAUCUUCUAAAACAGCCUGCUGUUGCAUUUAAUGAUAUUUAUCCAUUACAACUAGCACGGAAAAUUAAUUGUAAAUCAUUUCUUGCAUCAAAAUGUGUUCAAAAAUAUCUUGAUCAUCAAUGGUUUGGAUGUAUUAAUUAUAAAAGAACGGCUAUUAAUUUUCGAGUGUUUCUUUGUUCAUUAUUUUUUCCAUUAUUUCCAAUAUUUUGUAUCUUUUUACCUUACACACAAAAACUUUAA